AAUACUACGACGCAGUAGUGUGAGCGGCCAACAAAACGCAAUCAUCUUUUCUAAUACAACUGUACGAUUACACUAUUAUUCAAUAAACGCGCAUUUGUCGCAAAUCCGAAAACCGUACGUUUUCACUUGACAAUAUUCAAAACGUAAACCUACACGCACUGACCGUAUUUUUCGAAAUGAGUUCUCCGUUACGGUGUAAGUAUUCCAUAAUCCAUAUUCAUAUAACGGUGCAUACUAUUUACUAAUAUCAUAAAGCACGUAGGUACAUUAUUAUAUGAGGAUGUUUAAGGGAUUGUAUGAGAUUAUUCCCCCAGAUAAAUGAGUUGGAAAUACAACGAUAAUUUAAUUUUUAAGUCGACAACUUUAAUAAAUUCUUUUUUUUUUUUUUUUUGAUAUUGUAUUAGGUAGAUAUAUGAUUAUAAUUAAAUUAAUAUCAUCAAAUAUAUUAUUUACUAUCGUUUAUCAAAAGGCAAAAUAAUAAUGGAAAACAUUUUUGGAAGUCGGCCAAUUCGGUAAUUGGAAUUGGAAAAUUUUUAAUCACAUCCAUUCGUAAACUUUUACUAGCGUCAGCUCUGGUUAAUAUAGGUAAAUGUAUACUGUUUACCCAUUGUAUUACAAUUAACAAUAGUUAUUGCGCAUCCACGCAUAUGUUGUAUACAUUCAGUUAUUCUUGUUGCAUUUAAAGGGCCGUGUCGCAAUUGAAUUUGCCAUCUUUUUUACAAACGGGAAAUAUGCUUAAAAUAUCUAAAAAAAAAACUGCUUUUAAACCGAUUUCAGAAAUAAAAUAUAGCUACUUAUUAUAUAGGCAUAUAGGUAAUAAACGUAUGGACAAUAACAUUUUAAAGAUAACACCUCAUCAGCGUUUUUUGAAAUAUUAAUUAGAUAUUUAAAAAAGUAUAAUUAUUAAAAAAAAAAAUUGUAUUUUUUACCUUCAAUAAUGAUUUGGAUAUUUAUUGAAUUGUAAAAUUCGAAUGUUAAAAUGUUAUCAUCUACACGUUUUUUUUUAUAUAACGGUUUAUCAUUAAAACUAUCAUUGCUACUCUUAUUUAAAUAUGUUACCAUUUUUUCAUUGCUGUAAUUACUAUUUUACUAUUGGUUUAUUCCCGUUAAGCAUAUACAAAUAUGAGUAGAACAUGAUUGCGCGUGUAUUUUGAUAGAUUAAAUAAUAAAAAAAUACUAAAAAAAAACCAACACGAUUCCGUACGAUUUCGAGUGUAACAUUAUCAAAUAUAUAUACUAUAUACUUGUACUCAAUAAUUAUCCAAUAAUUUUAUCUGAAAUGUAGAAUAUUAUUAUUAAAAAUAUAAUUAAUAAAUAAAUCAAAUCAUAAUUAAAAAAUGUACUAUUUUAAAAUACUUAAAUUUUAAUUUCUGAACAUCUAUAACCUUAUACUUUCAAAACAUAUAUCAAUACGUUUGUAUGGAUUUUAUACUCAUCAUAAACCUUUAUAAAACAUUGAAGUCGAAUAAAAUACUAUUUCGCAUUUUUUUGUACUCUGUUGUUUAUUAAUUCUAUAACCGAUCUUGUUUAUUAAAAUUUAAAAACCAUAACUAUAUUCCUUUUUCAGAUUUUAUAGGUAUUAAAUAUUCACACGUGUGACGAUAAACGACGAACUGAAGGGCAGAAAAUAUCAAUAUAUUUAAAAUAACAAAAUUUCCAACAUAUUGAAAUGUAUUUCAUGUUGCGUUUAUAUCGUUAACAAUAAACGUUUAUGAAAAAAUGAAAAGUAUUUAUGUAUUUUUUCUAGUUCAUUCGUUUGGUAUAUACCGGAAUGAAAAUCGAUAACAACGUUUAAAAUUUCGUACGCAAUCGUGUAACCAAAAACAAGUGAUGUCGUACGCAAUCGUGUGAUUUAAAAAGGUAUCACCGAUAAUGAAUGUACACAAUCGUGUUUUACCUACAAAUGUACAAAUGAUAAAAAUACAAUUUAAGAAGAUAUCGCUUUUAAAGGGCUUUUCGUUUGUUUUACAUCAUCGCAUUUUAGUUACAUUAUACGUUUAUAAAACAGAGGUGGCGAAUGCAACUAUAAUAGCUUCCUAAUGUAUUAACUAAUCGGUUUUUACUUUUUAAGUAGGUAUUUUUUAUUAUUGGUUUUUGAAUAAUGACUUACAGUUACCAUAUCAAAUAGAUUGUACAUUAAAAUACAUGGCUCUGAUUAAUGAUUACAAUGUUAUGGGAAAAAAUUUACUAACAAAUUUAACUAGUGGUUCUCAGACGAUAAUUAUUAUUAGGUAUAAAUAAAUUUGACCAAGAAAAAAGAACGAAUUCCAUUUUGGCGGAAAUAAAUUGUAUGAGAAAACGAUGCAUAGCCUAUAAUAGAACAUUUUUCGUUUUUCGUCAGUUUAAGAUUGUCGACCAUUGUAUGAUAUAAUUUUACCCGUCACGUUUCGACUGCCAAAAAUAAAUUACAGUUUCAUAAGAUACUAUCGGGCAUGCCAAUUUCAAACGAUAUUAUUAUAUUGUCAAUGACGGAGAAAUAUAUAGGGGGAUUCUCAUCCCCCUAUCUCUUUAGCGUUUUAAAUUGUGUUUGCAAUGUUUGGAUUCUAUUUACAAUUUUUCUAAUUCUGCAGUUUCCUGUUUUAUAUUCUAGCUUGUCAACUGUUUAACGACUCUAGCUAACGAUAAAUUUAUCUGGAAUGACCAUGUGUGUGUUAAAAUUAAAAUUAUCAUACAACUAUAGAAGAAACAUUUGGUUUGAUAACGCAUGGCAGUGACUCAAGGUCUAGAAGGAAUAAUAAAUCAAAUUUGGUAUUUUAAUUGACUGUUCGUUUUUAUAUCCAUAUGGGAGAUCAUGGUUAAACUGCUCAAUGCCCAUAUCUUCAAAAGUUGAAUUAUUUCAAUGCGUUUUAUAAAUAUAAUCAAAUAUUUAAUUUCACUUGUCCACUGGUUAACACUAAAAGAUUGAAGUUUUUGUGUGAAUCCCCAUUUAAUAUACACAAAUGAUAUUGUGCCGUUUUGAUUUUAUAGGUCGUUUUAUAUUUUGAGUCUAGCAAGGAAUAUAUUAGUUUAAUUGUAUGAGUGUGUGUGUGUGUGUGUGUUUAUUUCUAUAAACAACUUCUCUACCUUAAACUAUAAUAUCUGUUAUAUAAUAAAACGUUGUUUAUUUGGUAAAUUUAGGACGUCAUUUUUAUUUUCUUAGUAAUUUCUUAAAUAUUGGGGAAACCGGGAAAACUUACACAAUACCGGAUUCUGUUAAUUUUGAUUUAGUCCAAGUUUGUUUAUAAUCCAUUUAAAAAUAGAUUUAAAGAUUAUUACCAAGUACCUUGUAGGAAUACUUAUAUUAGUCCUUCUAGAAAUUUUAAAUUGUUAAGCUAUUUAUAGUAACUUGAAAUCUUCAAGUUUUUAGUUUUUGUAUGAAUAAAAUUGUUUUACCAAGAGAAAAAGUUCGACAAUUUGACCCAAGUUUAUUAUAAAUUUAUAAUUUGUAUUUUAUAAUAUUAAAAAAAUAAUAAUUAUAGUACCUAGUUUUUUUUUUUUUAUACGACCGUUUAAAGUUCAAACUUUUAUUAAAAUCAUCGUAAUAAUUUCUGCAAUAUAUUUUCAAAUAUUUCACUCAGGAUCAUUUCUUAGUAGAUAGCAGUGAUUUAUCGUUUCGUUCCGAUAUAAAUUGAACAACUCUAAACUCUAAGUAUUUUAUCUGCCUAACUUACCACUUAUAAUCAGUGUUUAAGCCAGGCCUUUUUUUUGGAGGGAAGGCAGGCAUUACUAAAAAUAUAGUAAUGACCUUUUUUUGUUUAUCUACUCUUUUACUGAUACCACACUAAUUUAUUUAAUUAAUUAUUAAUUUACUCACAUUUAACAGGAGGAAAAUAAAAUUCUAAUGGGAGCUAUCGCUCCCCAGAUAUAUACCUGAAUUCAACACUUCUUAUAACGAUGCCACGUCUGUCAGCAAUAUCAACUUUUUUUUUUUUUACAGACGCCCUAAUUGCCGGCGACGUGUUGGAAACGACCGUUGGCGUGACCGGUCUAACGAUAGCGGCGGUCGUGACUGGUUGGGGCGUUAUACCCUCGGCGGCAGUCACUUCGGCUGUCAUCGGCGUCUACAAAACGGUCAAGUUAUUGAUGCGGAUACAGAGGAGAUUGCGAUGAUACCCGAUGGGUUAGCGGACAACCGAAAAACAAAAAAAAAGAAUUUUACGUGUUUGUAUAUUGUAUAUAUGAGUACAUUAUAAUUUAUAAAUGUUACAUCCUUUGCAACUAAAUAAUUAUUUUAACAUAAACAUACAGGGUGUCUUACAGUGUUAUCCUUAUGCUAAUAAUUCUGUCAAUAUUCAUUUAUUUUUAUAAUCGAAAUUUAUGUGAGGUUAGGUUAAGACACAUAUAUAGAGAAAAAUUGUAUUUUCGUUUUCAUCUCUUCAUUAUUGAAAAUAAUAUAACUUUAUUUUAUUGCUUAUCAAAAUUUUAAAAUAGUAAUUUUGUAAAAGAUAUUCAUUUCAUAAUUUUAAUGUAACAUACAUUCAUAUCCAAUUAAUAGUUUCUAGUCAAUAGGCAUUAUAAUUUCUAAAUUGGUGUGAAAUUAAUUAAUUUUAAAUAGAAUAACACAUUAUGCGAUAAGAAAUCAUAAACGGAUGAAAGUGCAUUGUAACUUAUAUAUUCUAUUGAAUAUUAAUUAUUUUAUUUAUAUUAAAGCCACUAAUAUCAAACUAUAAAUCGGAUAUGAAUGUAAAUACAUUCAAAUUUUUAGAAUACUAUUUUGAAAAUUUUAAAAAACACAAAAACAAAAAGUUAUUUUUUUCAGUAAUUAGAGAUUAAAAAUAAUUGUUUUCUAUAUACCUAUGUAUCUCCCUCACACAAAAUCCGAUUGAAAAAAAAAAAUGUAAAAUACAAUGAUUAUUGACACAGUUAUUAGCAUAAGAAUAACAUUAUAAGACACUCUGUAAAUUUAGAUGUAAUUUAAAACCUUAAAACUAAAGAAAAAAUUCGACUGUUGUACAAUAAACUAAAGAGAUAUGUUAUAUUAUUUUGUAUGUAUCUACAUACUGUAUUAAUCCUAUUAAUAUAAUAAUAAAUGAGAAAGUUUAUACUUUUAGGCGUUUUAUUUGAAUUCAAUAAUGGUUGAAUCGUUUCAAAAAUGUAAAUAGAUUUUGAUAUGUACAAUCGUACACUAGAUUUCUUUUGUUCAUUUUACUUCUGCUUCGCAGGAAUCAUUCGCUACAGGGGAUUAUAUUUUUAAUGUUAUAGUUUCAAAAAUAAAUAUGCUUUCCACAGAAUCCAUGACAAAAUAUUGUGGAAAUAAUGUCGCGUUCAAAAGUCAAGGUUAAAUAUCGUGAACACACAAAUUUUACCACAUAAAAAUUAGUGAAAAUCCAACACUAAAAGUUUUCAAUUUUUCGUUUAUCUAUUUGGUUUUAUUUAUAUUCAGUUCUUUAUUAUUAAAAAAAAAAUAUUUUCGUUUUGAGAAAGUUGAGAAAGUAAUGGACAAUAAAACCCCAGAAACGUCCUGCUCACAAAAUAUGCUUUUUACGCCUUAGUAUUUUUUAAAAAUGCUAUUAAAAUCAAAAAAUACAAAAUAAAAUUUGUUAUUCUUAUUAAUUGAAAAAUUCAUAAAACGAAUGUGUAAAAAAUACGCAUUGCACAGCAAGCUUUGGAAAAAAAUACAAAGUGCUUUGAAAUCUCAGUUUUAGUUAUGAGUUUGUUUUUCGAGUAUUUUACCAAAUUUGUAUUUGUCCAAAGCCGCAAACGAUAAUAAUAGCAAAGAGCAAAAUUUUUUUAUUAAUUUCCUCUUAUUUAAGAUGGUCUCCAGACUUUUCCCAGUUAGUAUACUUACGAUCAGUAUGGCUGAUCUUAUUAAAUAAAAUAUAACAUAAUUUAUUUCCUACACAUUGCGUAAAGUUAACGGUAUCGAAACUUACCGAGUAUGCGCCCCACAAUAGAGUGUAUAUUUUUAUAAAGUGUUUCGUUUUAAAACUAUGUAAUUAUAUAUGAUAUAUAUUUCUAGACCAUUUCUAAAUUGUUAAAUAUGUUAAAAUAUAAUAUCAUAUAUGACUAUUAGUUAUCCGUGUGAAAUUAAUAACGAAAUAGUUUAAUAAAAAAAAUUAUAUUUAUUAAAUAUGUUUUUGUUAAUAAAUUAAAACCAAACCACGGAAAAAGUAAACAAUUAAUUAUCGUUAGGUUAGAUUUUUUAGGCCAUUUUUUGAAAUUUGUAUUAAUAUUCGAGAUAAUGAGGAAACCUGGUUUUUUAGGUUAAAAAUGAUUUAUAGAUUUAAAAUAAGGUUGUAAUUGGCAACCGUUUUUAUUUAAUUUUCGGUUUUUAUUAAGCUUGUAUUAUUUUAAAUCUUUAAAUAAUCAAUGUUGUCAUAGAAACGCACGUUGAAAUCAUUUCACCUUAAUAAACAUAAUAUAUGUACGUAUUGUUGACAAAGCGACAUUAUCAACUGAAUCGCGCUCAGAACCGUUUUUUCGUUAACAAUGGUUUAUCAUUGCUUACAGAUAUACAUUGAAUUUCUGUCUGUAUCCUACCUUCUCAACGUCCU